AUGAUGACUUCAUCAGGCAGAAAAGAUUCUCACAAAUACAUAAAGAUUUCAUCUCAGCCACUUUAAUAUUCUCUUGAUAACUCUCUAAACUAUAGCACAACAAAAAAAAGAGAUUCUACCUUUGAUAGUGAGGCUUCUUACUUCAAAUCGGUAAAUCCUGGAGACAGUUAUCUUAGAAAAACAUAGUUAAGCUCUUUAAAUAAGUUAUAAGGCAACCCCAAUAUGAGCGGGUUGGAACAAGAAUCCAUAAAUGCGAGUUUCAACCUAAUAAACAUCAAUAGUCUAGAGCUAACACCUAUUAAAAGACAAAACAUACCUACAAGAAUCAUAACAUAAAGAAAUACAGUGAGAAUAUCGCAAAACACUUAAAUAAGAGUGUCAAAUAAAAUUCACUUAGACGAUGAGAUAUCUAAUAAUAACAAGAUACAAUAGAUUUAGAAUAAAUCUACAUCCAUUUAAUCUAGCUCAACUUAAGCGUCCUCUACUACGAAUUCCUCUAACUAAAGUACAUCCAGCCACUAAAGUAGCAUUGCCACCGGGUAAGUCUGUAUAAUACCUAAGGACAAAAUAAAUUUUGUCUCUAAUGUCGUCUUGGCAGACCCUAAAAAUUAAACUCAAACUAACCUUAAAUCAAAUCACUUCCAACUGAUACGCAGAAAAAAGAAGAAGAGUUUAAGUACUUCAAUCUCAUGCAGGCCGAGUUCUAGUGAAUAAUUGAUGCAUAAAUAGCUUUUACUUGAUAAUCCAGCUCCGUUCGUUAGCGCCUAAUCUUGGGCAAUGAUUGACAAGUCUUCUGGGGAAUUAAUAUUUGGUAGGAAUGAAUAAGAAAGCAGAUAAGUUGCUAGUUUAACAAAGAUAAUGACAUCAUAUGUGGUUUUGGAUAUAAUUUCGAGAUAUCACAUGAAUGAACAUAAAACUUUUGUUAAAAUAUUACCUUCAGCUGUAAAGCUGAUAGGCACGACUGCAAACCUAUUAGAUGAUGAUAAACUUACUGUGUGGGAACUCAUGCAUGGUAUGAUGUUACCUAGUGGCAAUGAUGCUGCUUAAUCCUUAGCUAUCCAUUUUGGGAUAUUUUGCCUAAAAGAAGAGUACAAAGCGCAUAAAAAUUUAGAAGCAUUAGACGAAGACAAAUCAGAGAUUCUCAAAUUAACUUAUGAUAAUUUCUAAGAUUUGGAAGAUAAGCCUCAUCUAGUAAGUAAAGCACUAAAUGAGUUCUACAGAUAAAUGAAUAGAGAGGCGAUGUACUUGAAUCUUAAAAAUACAAAUUUUUCAAGUGCUCAUGGUAUGUUUCACGAGCAAAAUUAUAGCUCAGCAGAAGAUAUUGCUAAACUGUCUUACUUUGCAAUGAAAAAUUCAUUAUUCAGAUAAAUAGUAAAAACCUAAAAAUAUACAUGCGAAUCGAGAGUGGAGAUUGGGCAUCUAUAUCAAUGGUAAAACACUAAUAAGCUUUUGGAAAUGGGAUAUUCAGGAUUAAAAACAGGAAUAACCCCGACAGCUGGACCUUGUCUAGCAGCAAGUAUCACUAAAAAUGAAUUCAAAUUCAUAAUAGUUAUUCUUAACUCCAGAUCGAUGGAGCAUCGUUGGCUAGAGGUCUAAAAACUAGUGCACUGGGCAAUGCAAAAGAUCACUAAAAUAAAACAGAGUGAUCUUAAACCCAAGAUGAAGCGUAAACUUCUUAAGAAGUUGUUGCAUCUAUGA